UCCAGAAGGCAGCAGUCAACGUGCGUGAUAACGUCGGGGAGGAGGUGGACCCCGAGCAGCUCAUCCAGGAGACGUGUCGGAGCUGCCUGGAGCAGGCCAAGCUGCUGUUCUCUGACGGCAAAAAGGCUGUGCCCAGGUUGCCCCAUGAGCAGGCCGUACCAAAGCGUGCCCGACAGACGGACGAGGAGAUGAAUCGUCGGGGCAGUCCCGUUCCCAAAAAGAGAAAGGGACGGCCACCAGGACAGAGCCUGUCGAAUGAUCGCGGGGUCUCGGGCAUGGCUGCGUGGAAGCUCAAAGUCUCCGAGCCUGUGAGAAGGGAUGGACCAAAGUGGGAUCCAUCCCGACUGACUGAAACCACAACCUUUGUGCUGGGAUCUCGAGCAAACAAAGCUCUCGGGAUGGGAGGAACAAGAGGGCGACUCUACAUCAAGCAUCCCCACCUCUUUAAGUACGCAGCUGACCCGCAGGAUAAGCACUGGCUGGCAGAGCAGCAGCAC